AGAUAAAGUUUUCAAACUGAUAUGUGAAAUAAAAAUGCGCGAUUAAUGAAAAUAAUUACAAUUUUAAAUCGAAUGAAAUUGUCUCAAAACAACUUUGAUUAAUGUCAUAUUAUAUUUAUUAUUCAUUGGGCAUAUUUCAAAAAGUAGUAUUUCUGAUGAUUACAUUAAUGGACCACUCCAAAUAACUAGACAGCAUAUUUCACAAGCCAGUAUGAGCAUUAUGCUGUCAGGUUCAGCUAUAGCACACCAGCUAUAAGAGAGUUAACCAGCUAUAAUGGGUUCAUAUAGUGUUUGAUCUUAAGUGUGUUUAUUUAAUGUAGACACCUAUUGUCACAAGUUAUCACAUUAAAGAGAAGGACAUCCUACAGCCUACAAGCAUGCGUUGUUUCAGGGACAUUUGUGGUACAGUUAUGAACUGUAAAUCUGUCUUCACUCUGACAGAUCAAAAAAACAAACAAUCCAGAAGGAACAGGACACUCAAGUAAAAUAAUGGAAGAGCUGACAGUUAGAGAUCCAUCCACGCUAGGCUUCGUCAUUGCCGACUAUGCAGUCUUUGCUUGCAUGCUGUUGGUCUCUAUGGCCAUCGGACUCUUCCAGGUCUUGAAGAAGAGCAAAAGGGAAGCCACAGCAGAUGACUUCUUCACCGGGGGCAGGAGCCUGCCGGCAGUGCCGGUUGGGCUGUCGCUCUGUGCCAGCUUUAUGUCAGCAGUCCAGGUCUUGGGUGUUCCCUCUGAAGCUUCUCGCUACGGCUUUAAAGUCCUCUAUAUGUGUCUUGGGCAAAGCAUCAACUCGCUGCUGACGGCGUACCUUUUCCUUCCUGUUUUCUUUCGACUGGGCAUCACCAGCACCAAUCAGUAUCUGAAGUUGAGAUUUGGCAGAGGGAUGCAGCUGUUGGGGAGUGUCCAGUUUCUUGUUGUGACGCUGCUUUACACAGGAGUUGUCAUCUACGCACCUGCCUUGAUUCUCAACCAAGCUAUUGGACUCAAUAUGUGGGUAUCUCUGUUUUCUACCGGGAUCAUUUGCACCCUAUACACCACACUGGGGGGCAUGAAAGCUGUGAUCUGGACUGAUGUGUUCCAGAUUAUCGUCAUGUUGUCUGGCUUUGUGGCCAUUUUCAUAAAAGGAACAAUUCUGGUUGGUGGUCCUGCACGUGUACUGGAGAUAGCCAAGAAUGGAUCACGCAUCAACUUCAAUGAUUUUGACGUUGACCCACGUAAGCGGUAUACCUUCUGGACCUUGUCUGUCGGGGGCACACUGGUUUGGCUGUCCAUGUACGGGGUAAACCAAGCCCAAGUCCAGCGCUACAUCUCCUGCAGAACAGAAAAAGCGGCCCAGUGGGCAAUGUUUGUGAACCAAGUGGGCCUGUGUCUCAUUGUGGGCAGUGCAGCAACAUGUGGCAUCGUCAUGUUUGCUUACUACAUCAACUGUGAUCCACUGAAGUCUGGGAAGAUUUCAGCCCCUGAUCUGUAUAUGCCGUUCUUUGUGUUGGACAUAUUCAGAAAUCAUCCUGGCUUCCCAGGACUUUUCCUUGCCUGUGCAUACAGCGGGACUCUGAGCACAGCUUCCACAAGUAUUAAUGCGAUGGCUGCAGUGACGAUGGAGGAUCUUCUGCGACCUCACCUGGUCCAUGUUUCCCAGAAGAAAUUAGUCCUUAUUUCCAAAGGACUGUCCCUCCUGUGUGGAGCUGGUUGUAUCACUGUGGCUGCACUCUCUUCAUUUCUGGACUGGGGAGUACUUCAGGGAUCGUUCACUGUCAUGGGUGUGGUCAGCGGUCCUUUACUGGGUGUCUUCAUUUUGGGGAUGUUUAUCCCAGCAGCAAACAGACUUGGGGCAUUCUCGGGAAUAUUAGUUGGAUUCUGUGUCUCUCUGUGGCUGGCUGUCGGAUCAACUCUUUACCCUCCCAGUGAGCAGACCAUGGGUGUGCUGCCCAGUUACUCGGGCGAGUGUGAAGUCAGCAACAUCACCGUGAGCAGAAUCCCUGAACAACAUUCCAUAUCCAUCCCGCUUCAUCCCAACAACCCGAGGGGUCUGCAGAACUUUUACUCCAUGUCCUACCUCUACUUCGGUGCUGUGGCAACUAUUUCUGUUGUGAUCGUGGGGGUGAUCGUGAGCUAUGCGACAGGACCAACCAAAAGGGCUCAUAUAAAAGAGGGUUUGCUGUGGUGGGAUCUGAACAAAAAGCAGAUCGAGGUUCCAUCAGAGCGCAGAACAAUGUCAUUGAGGUGUCCCUGUCCUCUGCGCAAUGCAUGCUGGGAUACUCCGAGCCAGAAUAGCAAGAAUAACCAGGGAGACGGUCUGAGAGAUAAACCACAGCUUGUGCCUUUGAGAGAGCUGCAUAAAGAAGACAGACGUGACCAAGAAGGAACGACAGAUGACGACAUUGUUAAAUUUUCCCUCACAGUGUAGGAGUCUAGAAAAUGAAACUUUUUUUUCCUGAAUACCUUUGUAGACUGACGGCCGCCUUUCCUCUUUGGCAGCACUUUUUAGUACUUGCCUUUUCCCUCAAUUCAACUCUUCACUCAAAAAAAGUUAUUGUCUCUUUGUCGGUCAAAGUGGGACCCACAUUUGGAGCAAAAUCUGGGUUAUCAAGAAUGAAUCUUUUGUUCAGAGUAUUAUAGGAUAAUGAAGGGAUUUAGAAUGGUGCCAGGGAAUGUAUAUGAAAUACUUUCAGGUGUUAUUAUAAUUCUUCACUGAAAGGCUCUUUCAUCAGGACUUUAAUUCUGGCAUGACCUAUAUCUGCAGUAUUGCAAACCUGUACAUCUACUAGUCUUAACAGAUAUGGCACAGUCUAAGGUGAACUGAAUGAACAGUAACUGAACUCUUUGUUUGCUUGUGGCUAGAAAACACUGUGAAUCUACCAGAUGCCUUUUAACCCUCAGGUGAAAAAAUGCAGACUAGCUCCUUGGCUGUUGCUCAUCCAGUCCAAACACCUGUCACACAAAUGUUAAUAAGAAGCAUUGUUAAAGCCCAUGGUUUAACCUGAUUCAUCAUAAAAACAAUGUUAUCUGUAAAUCAAUUGUACUUUUUUUGGUAAAUGAUGUGAUGAGUGCAUUCUAUUUUUAAAGUGUAUUAAAUAUAAAUAAUAUAUAAUAUAAAAAUGUUUCUUUGAGGUUUA